UCCACCGUCCUCGAGUGGCAAGACACGACGUCGCCCACCAUUCCCAACUGGCAAGGCUUCAGCAACGCCACGGCCGCAUACCUGCGCCAGCUCGGCCACAACAUCACCUAUGCCAAUGCCGGCUCCAGCACGGCGCAGGGCGUGCAGCGCUUCCAAAACGGCACCCUGCUGGCCGCGCAUGAGAAUCGCCAGCUCAGCUCGGGAGGAUCGGCCAUUUAG